AUGAGGGAAUUGUCCGUAUGUCCGUCACGACAAUGGCGGGGAGGAGGCGUGGGUGGGAAACGUAACUCAGGGAUGGCUGCGCGUCGCCACGAAAGUGAGACACGGCCUGCCAGAACCCUGAGCCAGGCGAGUAACCAAGCACGAGAUCAGGUUAACGAAAACGGGAAGCAGGAGAACAUUGCGAGCUCCUCUUUUUUUUUUCUUUUCCUCAUGGUGUGGUGA